AUGCCCCCUCCUAUGGAUGUUGCCCCGGUUGAUGUGCCCUUGGAGAAACCCACUCCGCUUUACCUGCGCUCUUCCAAGCAGCGUUAUCUUCAGAAAGAUCAUCGCGUGCAAAGUGAGACCAUUGUUAGCUUUAGCUACAAGUGCCCCGGGUUUCCUGAUCGCGCCAGCAACAGCGUCUCGGGCAAGAACAAGCGCGGCGCACAACAAAUCAAGCGCGGCGAUCCCCUCGGUCUCAUCCGCCUCGCCUCCGGGGAAGAGGUCACCGUUGCCUCCCCGUGUCCGGGCAAACUAGUCGACAUCAAUACCAUCCUCGUUGAAAACCCUCAAUUGCUCAAAUCGCACGUAUGCUUUGCUUGA